AUGAUUAAAGUGGCGCGAUUGCCAACUUUUUGGAACAAACCACCGUGCGCUUCACCGGCGCCGCCGCGUAAUCCGCCGUCAUCGCUAUUCACCGACAUUUCCAAUUUCAAAACGCCGCGGCGUCCUUCCGUUGUAAAGUCGAAUUUCAGUAACUCUCCGCAUCCGCAAUUCUUCACUGCAUCCAAGCAAACUCCAAAGUCUUCGUCUUCUAACUUCCGUCGUCCUUCCAUCGUUCCCUCUCAUACGUCUCGAUCCAAGGUCGCAGCUUCGUCGAGGCGGCUUAGGGCAUUUGAACUUCAGCAAUCGCAAUCUUCUCGCAAGGCUGAGUUGAGGAAAGAGAAGAGCCUUAGAUCUCUUGCUAAAUCGCUUACGGUGUGGCUCAAUUUCCUGUUUGAAAACCCUGAAAAUUGCGGUUGCGAUCCGGCCGAGAAUGACUCUGGUGUUGGUAGCGUAGGACAUUUAGGUCGUCCGGCGAAGAGAGAUAGUUGCGAUGCUUUACGAAACAGUAAAUCAGUGGGAGUGGAUACGAUGCGGCGAAGCCCCAAAAGGUCGAGGAAUUUAAAUUGGUCUGGUGAAAAAAGAUCAGAAAUUGGCUCGUGCUUGACCGGCUCCAAGUACUCCACGCUGAGGGAAUCUCUAAGAGAUGUGUGUAGCUUAGAUGAUUUGAAGCAAAGGAUGCAGUUUCAUUUGAGUUUAGGAAGUUGCAAGGAGAUAUUUGAUGUGAUGACCCGAGUUACAAAGAAUAUCGAUGAAGGGAGGAUAAAAAUGAAACCACAAUGCCCUCUUGUUACUGAUUUUGGAAUGAAGGAGAACGCCAUCAAGGCACUCAUGUGCUAUAACCAAGUUUGGCUCCGUUUAGGUUUAUAUGUCAUCUUUGGCGGUGAUUCGUUUUUGUCUGACGGUGAAGUUAACUCAGAUCAAGAAAUGGCGUUCUUGAAGAUGGUAAUCAAUAAGCAGUUUUUCUCCCAUGAUGGCCUUGCUAGAGCAUAUGCCUAUAACAAGAUGGUUGAGGGUUUGUACAGACCAGGGUACUAUGAAGCCCUUGGAACCGUGAUUUUGAAGAGGAUUCUGUUGCUUGUUCUUAUAAUCGAUAGAGCUAAAUCUCAAAGCUGCCUUUCACUAAAGUAUGGGAUUGAUGGGAUAGAUGGUGGCUCACCGCUCAUGUUUUCUGUGAAAUCUAGCAUAAAGUCUAGCCAUCAACUUAUAUGUGAAUUCUUGUCUUCUGAUGUAAUGCAUGGAGAAGGGAAUCUCUUAGCGCAUCUAGUGAUUAUAGGGUACAAAGUACCUUAUCAGCAGUCUUCUCUAGUUGAAUAUGAGUUUAAAGUGAGAGACUUGUUUGGUGACCUCCAAGAUGGCGUGCUACUCUGCAGAGCCAUUCAACUUCUUCUUCACGAUCCGUCAAUUCUCACGAGAGUGAGUUUUAAUCGCAUGAGGCUUUUGAUCAAACAGAAAAUGGUAGUUCCAUCCGACAAUCGAAAGAAGAACUUGGCCAAUUGUAGAAUUGCUCUUCAAUAUCUGAAGGAUGCUGGUGUUUCGUUGAAAGAUAACGAAGGAAUGAUGAUAACUGGAGAAGAUGUUGCAGAUGGUGACAGAGAGCUCACUAUUUCACUGCUAUGGAACAUGUUUGUACAUUUGCAGUUUUUGGUGGAUUGCUGCACGUGUCUUCUGAAUUUCAUUGGUAAUCUGCCUCUGCUGAUCAAUGGGAGACUCUUGACGGAGGAAAUCUACAAAAUCCAGGGGCUGGAACAGAAUAAUCAAAUUACCAUGUCUACUCCUCUGGAAAUGCUCUUGAACUGGAUCCAGUCAAUUACCAGGAAGAACGACUUCAAUUUAGAAAGCUUAGCAUCAUUGGUUGAUGGAAAGGGGAUAUGGUUCUUGCUUGACUACUAUUUUCGUCGAGAGGUUUGCUGUCCUUGUCUUCACAAAGAGGAUCCUGGUGGUCAACAAGGGCCUCGAUCAGUAAUGUCCAAUACCGAUUACCACGAUGCAGUUCAAAAUUUCAUUCUGUCGCAAAAGUUGACAGCACUUUUGGGAAGUUUUCCUGAGAUUGGUGACCUACUGGAACAUAAUGCAGUAGUUAGCAACCAAAGUGUAAUUAUACUGUUGGCGUUCCUAUCAUCCAAGCUGAUCGUCAAGGAGAAUAUUGAGAAACUGAACUUUCACAAGUUGUUGUGCUCUAGCUGUCAAGCUCAAGAGAAGAGAUAUUCACGCAUCAGUUGCAGCAGCUCUGAACCAGUUAGAAAUGAGGAACCGGACAGAGAAAACAGAGAAGAUGCUACUAAAAGGUUCCAGGCAAUCAAAGCCUGGUGGCAGGACAUGGCCAGCCAAAACCAGAGUUCUGUUGGAAAACUUAGUAGCCAAACUCUUCCAGGCACCUUCAAAUGCACUACAGAUGUCCAACGAGAAAUUGCAGCAGUGGUCAUACAAGCGAAUCUUAGGGCCUUUCAUGCACGCCGCAAGUUUAGAAAGACGAUGAGUGCAAUCAUCUUCUUACAAGCUGCUCUCCGGACAUGGUUGUCAGUGAAACAUGUAGAAGUUCUUGAAAAAUUAACUGUUGAGGAAGAAAGAGCGGCCAACUUAAAUCAUGUAGCGAGAUACGUCAAGUUUAUUGUUGAACGAAGUCGCUUCAUCAAGUUGAGGAAAUCUGUUUUGGUCAUUCAGAAAGCUGUAAGGAGGCAUAAUCAAGCGCUUUUGGCCGCUUCUGAUUUGUGCACUACACAUCAGAGCAACCUUCAUCAUGAGCUGAAAGCAGCACUCAAAAUUCAGCUAGCUUGGAGGAGUUAUAAAGAAAAAGUUAGCUCCCCCAUCAUCAUCCAAUCUUAUGUUCGUCGGUGGAUCAUACGCAGAAUGAAUUGGACAUACAAGUUUUCUGCCAUACUUAUUCAAAGAUACUACCGUGGUUGGUUGGUGAGAAGGAAAUUUUAUCUUCAGAGAGAAGCAACGAUAUGCAUUCAGAGUGCUAUCCGAAAGUUUAACUGCAUGAUGUCAUUUAGGGGACAAAUUGUUCGAAGCAGGCUUCAAGGAGCGUCUCAUCUCAAUUCACAACUCGACAAUGGUGUUUCAAGACUUUCACAACACAGCUCUGGGCAGACAAAACUGCUACAUUCCGUCAUUAAACUGCAGCGUUGGUGGAGAUCUCUCCAUUCACAGAAUAUGAGAAGAAAGUCAGCAGUCUUAAUACUGAGGCAUAUUCGAGGUUUGUUUGCCAGGCGAAGAACUUCUAUGGAGAGACGCUACAUUGUCAUGAUUCAAUCACACUGGAGAGGUUACCUCACACGCAAAGCGUCAAAGGCUCAAGUUCUGGAUCUACGAGUAAGAAUGCAGACUUCUGCAGCAAACAUAGAUGACAAGAAACGGUUGAUAAACAAGCUUCUUUCUGCACUUUCGGAACUACUGAGCAUGAAAAAAGUCCACAACAUUCUUCACAUAUGUGAAACUUUGGAACCAUGUGAAUGGACUAUAACACUCACCACCGAGGAUUGUACAUAUGAUGUUUCCUCUACAGAUUCGGCAACAAAAUACUCUGACAAAUGCUGUGAAGAGCUUGUAGCAGCUGGAGCUAUAGACAAGUUGCUAACACUGAUCCGGUCUGCAAGCAGAAGCAUCCCUGAUCAAGAAGUUUCAAAACAUGCUCUUUCAACUUUGAGACACCUUGCUCGUUACCCACAAAUGGCAGAUGAGCUAAUCGACACAAAAGGAUCCAUCCAGACAAUCUUUUGGGAACUACUCAGGAACAAAGAAGAAGCAUAUUUCAUUGCAUCAGAUGUUCUGAAGAAGAUAUGCAACAGCCGUAAAGGCGUAGAGACAGUUCGAAAGCUUUCUGCGUUGGUAAAACGGUUACACGCCUUAGUUGGCGAGCUAACUCGUAAGACAAACAUUGAGAAACGGAACGCUAAGGGUCAGAGUGGAAAAGAAAAGAGUGAGAGAAGAUUAAAAGAAGCUGUUGAGCUUCUAAAGCUUAUAACCAGCAGAUGA